CUAUAUUUAAUAUUUUCUCCUCCUACAGCAAACUGAAAUAUCCGUCGUUUUUACUGAUAAGCACACAUUUUGCAGUUGAGUUGAACUUUAUUUAGGUCUAUUCAUUGACUAUAUAAUCAAUGCGGUUUGGUCCAAAACAGAGUAGCUACCAGGGCAGAAAAGGCCUACAUUUCAAUACAAUUUCCAUAUACUGCAAUCUUUUGUGCUGUGGAGCAGUAAACCUAUUAUUUAUAGACCGUCUAAAAUUCCUCAGAAGAAGAUGUUGGCCUCUGGUCGUCCACAGCGAACGCGGAAGUAGGUAGGAGUGAGUGAAUCCUCUCGCUCCACCUAGACACUCUUCGACGUUAAAGUGACUCGUCGGUCGACAUUUUCGGCACAGCAUCAUCAGCGCUGACGUGAAACUACGUGAGCGAAGGCACAGGCCGUCCACCCAUACUGUAAUUAGUGACGAGUCAGACUACGUAAAACUUCGGUGACUGACUAUGGAUACCUCAGUCUCGCCUCAGCUGGACAGCAGUUUAAACGACUCAGUGACAGAUGGAGAGGAGAACCACAGUGAAGCCAGUCCAUCUCAUGCAGCCCCUUCUCAGGUGUUGGUGGCAGCAGACUCUCCUGGUGUGACUGUUGUCCAGCUGUCUGAUGGUCAAACGGUGCAAGUCCAAGGGGUCAUCCAGGCCCCACAGACCUCUGUUAUACAGUCACCACAAGUCCAGACUGUCCAGAUUGCCACUGUAGCAGAGCUGGAGGAUGACGAGUCAGCCACAGACACCCGGAAAAGACGGGAGAUUCUCUCCAGGCGUCCAUCUUAUCGAAAAAUACUCAAUGAGCUUUCAUCGGAUUCGCCGGCAGUUCCUAAAAUCGACGAAGAGAAGACAGAGGAGGAGGUGCCGGUCUCCAGUCCAGCCUCAGCAUCAGUGCCCACCUCCAUCUACCAGACCAGCUCAGGACAAUAUAUUGCGAUCACUCAGGGAAGAGCCAUCCAGUUGACCAGCCCUGGAGCUGAAGCCCUUCAGGGGGCCCAGACUCUGACAGUGGCCAGCUCUCCCACCCUGCAGCCUGGAGCCACAUUCGUGCAGUGUGCAGCGCAACCCGAAGAAUCCCCACAGCAAUUCUACAUUCAGGGAGGACAGGUGCUCAUCCAAGCUGCCACAGGAGACAUACCAGCCUACCAGCUGCGUUCGCCCAACUCGGCCCUGGCUCAGAGCAUCGUGAUGGCUGCAUCCCCAGGCACCAUGCAGAGCCCCUCAUCACAGCACUCUGAAGAGAUCACCCGCAAAAGGGAGGUCCGACUGAUGAAAAACAGGGAGGCAGCUCGUGAGUGCCGCAGGAAAAAGAAAGAGUACGUCAAAUGUCUGGAAAACCGCGUGGCUGUGUUGGAAAACCAAAACAAGACCCUGAUUGAAGAGCUGAAAGCACUAAAAGACAUUUACUGCCACAAAGCCGAGUAGUAGCGGCUGCUUGUGGUCACGGGCUGUAGACAGUGCCGUUUACAAACUGCUACAGCAAAACAGAAACAGAAAAAACUCGGAACAAAAACUGCUUUGACCAUCUUUGUUUCUCUGCUCACUCAGGCCUGGUGUACGCUGAAUUCAGAAGUGUCCCGGGGAAUUCGAACAGCUUGAGCUUGCCGGUUUUGCUCUUGUUCUUAUCUUGUGCUCUUUGCAUGUGAAGACUCAAGUGUCGUACACACUAUGCUUGCUGUUGCUUUUGUGCACAGGCGAAGCCAGCCAAUGAGAGACAGCUGAAGAAGAGGAACAGGAAGAGGAAAUACAGGUGCUUCCUGAAAAUGUACCGCUCAAGUACAGAGAUGACGAAAAAACCUUGGCGGGUCAGCCAGGUCUCGCUACCAGCAAGUUUCUCGGAGGUCGGACGAGGUCCACACAAAGCUACGCAGAUCCACCACCAGCUGCAACGAGGAAACUCAACCGUGUUUACCCGAUAAUGUCAUCUGUGUCAUUUACGCUGCCGUUCUUGCAUUCUUUCAUGUGAAAACACAAUUAGGGAGAACUACCUUCCUGAAUUUUGUCAUUGAAGUGAUUUCCUGGAUUUCAGCAACUUGUUUUCAGUUUGAAUAGAAGUUCUUGAUUUGGUCAAAAAGGUUUUUCAAGAAACACGAGUGAACUCGAAGAAUUCAAGGUGAAAAUCUUCUUAUGUUUGUCAGUUUAUGCACAGAACUUGAAAAUAUAGUUCAAGCCAAUGUAGAGGGGCAUUAUCCAAGUCCAAAAGAAUUUAUUUUUCAUAACUAAAGUGAACUGAUUGUAUUUGAAAUGACAGAGCACAACUGCUCUUUAGUCAAAGCACAGAAAGUACCAAAGUGUCAGUGUUGAUAUUAUCAGAAUUUAUAUUCUAUUACAUGUAUUUGAAUAAUUUCACUCCACAAGUUUAUAUAUUCUACAAAGCAAAUGUAAUCUAUUAACUAGUUGUUAAACAUGUUAAAAAUGUAAUUGUUUACUCUAUCCUGAAAAACCCAAAUUUCAUCUUAAGAUGACUCAUAGCUCAAAGAAUAACUGUUGUGCUUUACUGUCAUGCAAGCUCAGUUUUGUUUUUCAAAUGAUGGAUAUCCAUUGUGGUAUAAAACUGUAUUUGAUUAUGGCUAGAUAUUAAAAUGCUCUGUUUAAAGGGUGAUGCCAAUUUCUUUUCUCUUUUUUUUUAAUGUAAAGACAUUUUAUUUUAAUGAUGAUAUGUCAUCUUGUGUUAAUGUUUCUGGUGAUUUUGAAUACUGCUUGCUUGCUUCUGUUUCUGUUUCUGUAGUUGUUGAGUCUGUUCCACUGAAUAGAUUUUAUUGUUAGGAGAAAAUGAUAGAAAGAGCACUUCUUAAUGUAACAGACCAUGACCAUGGCUGCCAAAGCUCUUUAAGUAACAGUUAGGUAUUUAAUUACCGUUUAGUUCAAUGACAACAUUAUGAUUCAUCCUGUGGCAGUCAUGUUGUUUACCAACCCAAUGACCCAUCAUGGUUUGUAUUCACAGAGGAAUGCCCAUUCUGUUCAAUUCUACAAAAAAGGCAGGUGAUAAUAAAAUUCAGGUUUUCUUCGAUAUCAACUGAGAUGAAUUUCUCUGCAUGUUUUUUGCCGUUUCAAAUGGCUGCAUCUUUUACCAGGUUUUCUCUUCUCAGUGUACUUCCCUGUUUGAAUUGUAAAACCAAAACUAUUUUUGUUUAUCUAAUAAAAUAUUUAAAUGUGA